AUGUCACUAUCAAGCUCGCAUUCCAGUUAUAAGCCAUUAGAUUGUGAAUCCUCACCUGUACAUAACAUGGAAGAGAGAACGAAUUAUAAUCCAGAGAGUGAUCCCGACACUCAGAACCCUCAAAAAGACUCUAAAGGUCUUCAUCUCUAUACAGUUCUCGAAAUUGACAAAAAGGCAACGGAAGAUGAUAUUAAAAAAUCUUACCGAAAACUCGCAUUGAAAUACCAUCCGGAUAAGAACUUGGAUGGAGACCCAGAGAAGACAGAAAAGUUUAAAGAAAUUAACUAUGCUAAUACUGUUCUAUCUAAUCCCAAGAAAAGAGCUGUGUAUGACGAACUUGGGGACACAGGAUUAAAACUUAUGGAACAGUUCGGUGAAGACAAUGAGACUAUAUUGAACUGGAUGGUGAAACCAUGGUUUAAGUACCUGUUUUGCGGAUUCGGUAUCAUUACUCUCGGCUUCUUCUGCUGUUGUUGUGGAUGCAUGUGCUGUUGUAAAUGCUGUUGUAACUUCUGCUGUGGCAAAUACGUCCCGAAGGAUCCUGAAGAUGUGUAUCAGGCCUCAGAUGUUGGUGACUUAGAAGGAGAUGAGAAUAAUCCUCCUAUUAUAAUCGCCCAACCUGGGCCAAGCAAUGAUACCAGUAGAUCAUCACCUAUUGCUGCUAGAGGACCGAACGGAGAGGAACCCGUUCGACCAGCAGUGAUAGCCAUGCCUCCACCAUCGACACCAUCUACUGCGAAAUCAAAUGAUUAUGGCUCAACGCAUGAAGGAAACUGA